AAGACAGGUACUUAGGUACAUUUAUUUUGAAAUUAUUUUAUAAAUGUGGAAUCUAUUAAAAUUAUAAAAGAUAUUUUUGUAACUGUCGGUAAAAUCAUGUUUACUGCGUCGAAAUUGAUAAGAGUGAUGGGGCAGACCCUUUCGGAGCCGGUGACUGAGAAGCAGUCGUCGACAUGCCAGGACAGCCGCUACCUGGUGGGCUCGUCGUGCAUGCAAGGCUGGCGGGUGUCCAUGGACGACUCUCACACACACAUACUGUCCCUCCCUGAUGAUCCGGGGACAGCGUUUUUUGCUGUAUAUGACGGUCAUGGAGGAGCUAACAUAGCAGAAUAUGCUGGAAAACAUCUUCACAAGUUCAUAACUGCUCGUCCGGAGUACCACCUUGGGAACAUUGAAGAGGCGCUAAAGCAGGGUUUCCUAGACCUCGACCAAGCUAUGUUAGAGGAAGACAUGCUGCAAGAAAAAGUGGCUGGCAGCACAGCUGUGGUGGUGCUCGUGAAAGAGAACACUCUGUAUUGCGCCAACGUCGGCGACUCCAGAGCCAUCGCCAGCGUGCGCGGCGCCGUGGAGGUGCUCUCGUACGACCACAAGCCGAACAACGAGGAGGAGCUUCGCCGGAUCACGGCCGGCGGCGGCUGGGUGCAGCUCAACCGCGUCAACGGAAACCUGGCGCUGUCCCGGGCUCUUGGAGACUACGUGUUCAAGAGGAAUUACCGGCUGUCGCCCAGGGAACAGAUUGUUACAGCGUACCCAGAUGUGCAAGUGAGGCAGUUGAACGACGACUGGGAGUUCAUUGUGAUAGCCUGUGACGGCAUCUGGGAGGUUCUGUCUAAUGAGGAGGUGAUAUCGUUCUGCCGCGUACGCCUGCUCAGCGGCUGGGAACCAGCAGCUGUAUGCGAGGCGCUCAUGCAACGCUGCCUGGCUCCCAACUGCGCCACCGGAGGCCUGGGCUGCGACAACAUGACCGUGCUGCUGGUCUGCCUCGCGCCCUUCCCGCGCGCGCCGCCGGACACCCCGUUGCCAGUUGAAGACAAGUUAGACAGCAAGUUUAUGACCAAGAUGGAGGAUCUACUAUACGUGGAAGAUGAGGAGGAGGACCUGAAGUGAACAACUUCCAUUCUGUCUGUAGUGUAAAUGUGUGUAAAUAAAGUAGGCGUUAGUGGCUUCUAUGUUUUUGGCGGGCGACCAAAAUUGCGGUCACAGAUAACGAAAAUUUUACUUCAAAAUUUUGAAUUCAAGCAUAUAGACAAAACAUAGACACGGACCAAUAGGAACCGUGGAAAGUGACAGUUUAAUUGUCAUUUUGAUUUUCCUUUGCAGGUUAAGGCAAAGGCAAUAAAAGGCAUAUUUUUUUAAAUAUCGUUAUUUUUAGAAAGGAUAGCCAAGGUGAGAUUCUUUUAGAUUUUUAGGCGAUUUUGCGUGGAAAAUAACAAAGUAUUAAUUCUUGUAUGAACACACAAUUUUUUAGAAAGUUGGAACUUGCGAUCUCACAGAAGUUCACAGAACUACAAACUGUAUUUUCUAUAUUUAAUGCGAAUCACACCAUGAGGCCCUCAUUAGGUACGUGUUGGCAUGCUGUUUAAAGUAAUUAAACAUUCAAAAUAUUUUCUGCGCAGUAUUUUGGUAUGAAAAUGAAUGCAUUUACGAAAUAAAAAAAAUAAAAUUAAGUAAAUUCGGCUGGACCGCUUUUGAUAGUUUCCAUUGAUAUCUUUUCAAGUGUGUUUUUGUUGCUCAACCUUAUGAAGAGUUGAUAAGGUUUAAAACGUGGUGGCCACUAUAUUACCACUGCCUCGAACGGAAAAAGCAUUUUUUCAGAUUUUUCUUCCACAACAGAUUUGUAUUUAUAGGAAUAUCAUUUAGAUAUGAAUUGCCAUGGAUUUGAGAUUGUAAAAGGAAUUCCUUUUUUGUAAAUUUAGAUUUUAUUCGAAGUGCUACAUAAGUGUUCCUAUUAUUUUUUACACACUUGCAGAACUUGUGACGUCAUAGUUUCCUAAACGCGUGUGCCAUGAGGGUUUGCCUCCUGCGCUCACUAGUUGACGCUACUGGCGAGUGAUAGGACAGUGCCGCCAACCUGUAGGAUUCGCGCCACGAUAAACUUUUAUAAAAGAUUUUAUCGAUUUUGCAUGAUAAGUUAUCUAAGUCGGUAAGAUUUUAUCAUAGCGCGCGUCCUAUCCCGGCUGGUGGCAAAAUAAAUGUGAUAGUCCUCUUACCGCUUCAGCGCUCAUCUGUUGGCGCCACUGUCUUCGUCACGAGGAUGUUUUUUUAUCCACAACGAGGAAGCUCUUGGCCUGUAUCUCACCUGAUGGUAAGUGAUGAUCAGGCCGAAGGUAGAAGCGAGCUUCACCCGGAAUCCUCAACCACGGAGGUAUUGGCUAUCUUAUAUCUAACUGCCGGAACACAACAAUGCUGUUAACAUUGUUGUUAUGGCGACAGACUUAGGUAAGAUGGUGGUAGCUAGCCAGGCGGACUUAGAACAAGCCCUACCACCAAGCAAACCGAACAGAAAAAUCUGCCCCCACUGGGAAUCGAACCCGGGACCUCUGCGUUUGAAGCAGGUGGUCUUACCACUAGACCACAGAGGCGGUUUAAUGUGACAGGAUCUUACUCGACUGUGGCGCUAACUGGUGAGCGCAAUUAGGCAACAUAGCACACACGCACACGUGUCUUUUAAUUUAUUUUUUACUAAUGUGAUUUACUAAAGACCCACACGCAUGUAAUCUUUGUAUCAAUUGUUAAUUUGUUAAUCAAUUAAUUAAGUCAACGAAUAUUGUUAAAAUUUUAUUGUUAUUUUUAACGUGAAAUUAAUUUUUAUUAAUGUAAUUGAAAUUGUUUGGUGAUAAUGUCUGAUGUCCAUUUAUUUGUAGUUUUAACAAGUUAAUAUUAAAAAAAAUAUAUUAAUGAUAUUAAGAUACUAAAUAAAGGCUUUUAUGUUUGUAUAUUGCGGUAUUAUAGGUAUUAGAUUAAUUAUUAAAAAUGAAAUAGGUAUUCUGUUAAUAUGACAUUACCUAAUAUUAUAAUUUAGACUUAGCCAUGCAUACCUACGUGUGUUUUUAGUCAGAGAGAUGUUUUUCUUAUGACUUUUUAACUUGUAGUAAAUGUAACUUCAAGGAAGACCCGUAUUAUUAAACGCACUUGAGUUUGAGUCUAUAUUUAAGAGUAGAUUUUUUAAGCCAGUGCUUUAUCCAUUACCUAAUUACUGAAUUCGAACAAUGACCGUUUAAUCUACGCUUGAGUUUUGACUCAAGAUUUUUGAGUCGUUUGAGAAUACGCGUCACGGGGCUAUUCACAGUUCUUGAUAAAGUUUCAUAGUUUCCCUAACGAUAUCUACAUAACUUGUUCAUUAUCCGUUACUUCAUGAAACUAAAAGUGGUAGGUAAUUUACCUGACAAAUAGAACUAUCUGUCAGGUAAAUUAAGUACUUAUUUGGCUAUCAUUGGGCUUUGUCAGGAAGUGGUGAAUCAGGCCUUGUAAGUUUGUAAAAUACUUAUUAUUUGACUCAUGGUUUAUUGUGAAUUGUUGAUGGUUAUGUUAUUGUUUAAAUAACGUUAUAUUGCACGUUUAUAAUAACGUUAUAUUGUAGGUGAUUAGCAAAACUUAAGAGGUCAUAUUUAUUAACUUGCAUUUAGUAGACUCCUUUCUAAAAUCUAUGUAGAUAGGUUAACAGAUCAGCUUCCAUGUCUUUCCAAUUAAUACAUACUUUCCAAAUGCCUACGAUCUAUUUAGACCGAAUCUAUUGGUUUUCCUUGUUUUCUUCUGAUGCUCAAAUUAGUAGAAAAACUCGUGGAGUAGACAGUCAUAAGGGUCGAAGCACACGAUGCAUUGCGGCGGCAGUGCGACGCCGGAGCGGUGUCGCUGCGUCAUCUUACAUAAAAGUAUCUAUGGCGGGCAGGAUUAUUCCGCUUUGUUCACCUGGGUGAAGAAAGUGGAAUUUUUAGUGUCCUUAUUUCACCUCGAAUCGGAAACAUUUCACCCGCCACGUGAUAUCACGCAGGUGAAUUGAUUCGACUAAAUCAAUCGCCUUUGUUCAUCUAGGAAUUCACCUGAAAAAUUAAGCACCUUAGGUGAAAUCCAUUUUCUUCACCCAUGCGAACAAAGUGGAAUAAUCCGACGGGCACACGAGCGAAAUCAUUGCGAUGCGGCGCCGCAAAGCAUCGUGUGCUUUGGCUCAUACAAUCGUAUAAAGUCGAAUGUAACUUAGUAGGAUAUAUUCCACAAAGAUGCUUUUAUUUACAACGAACAAAGUAUGAGCUUCAUUUUGGAAGAUUAUUACAGCGUUUUUCAGUGUCAUGUCAUCAUUGUAAGUUUGUGCAGUAAUACCAUUAAUUCGACGUAUUUGUGUCUAGGAAAUGUACAAUAUGUGGUACAAUUUUAAUAAUCUCAAACAUUUUUAAGGCUAUUUCACUCAGCGUAAUAAACAAGAAUAGGUACUUAAGUACUCCCAUAGUGAAAGUUAUCGGAAAGGUGUUAAAAUUUUAUCAAUAUUUAAAAAAAAAAUCUGUGGAGAUUUAUUAAAAUUGUUCUAUGUUUAGUAAAAUUUACCGAAGUAGGAAUACAACUUACGCGUAAAAAAACUUUAAAAAUUAUGCAAGAUUACGCUAUUUACAGUGUGUUAUUAUAAAAUUUAUAUAAAAAAAAAUUGUACAUACAAAAUUAUACUUAAAUAUUGUAUAAUAAAUGAUCAACUGUCCGGUGUUUGUAUUAGCUGAUGGUACUUAUUAUACCUACCUAUUUACCCGACUGUGCCAGAAGGAAGGUUUUGUUUUUUAAAUUACGUCUCCUGUAUUAUGACUUCCAUUGACCAAAUAAUGGACUUAACUAGCAAGUCCAACAUUUUAUUGUUUUCGGGACUUAAAACAAAGAUAAACCUAGAAACAGAUAAAGUUUCAAUAAUAAUUUUAUUCUGGAAACUAAGUAAGUAUGGCGCUGUCCAUACAAAGGGUUAACAUCAGGAAAAGUGCUAAUGUUGUACUUAUUUCCUGGCUUACAUUUGACUUCUAAAUCGUAGUUCUUUUAAAAUGAUUUUGGGACCAAAAUAGAACCGAGUCUUGCAUUUACUUCUAGAUCUUGAAAAUAGUUCAACACUCCAUUUUUUUAACAAAACUGCCAAACUUUAUUUUUAUUAAAAAUCUGUGCCAAUAGAUUUAGUUCCUUUUUUACUACCUAGUUUUUAUUGACAAAUUGGGGUGAAACUUAAAGUUCGGUCAUUUUUACUGUGUUUUGAAAAUAAUAUCAUCAGCUAAAACAAUCGCCUACAGUUACAAUUUAAGUUUUAAAUUAAUCACAAUCGAGAGUAGAUGGAUGUGUAGAAAUGUGACAUAUCUGUAUAGGCACUAUUGCUAGUCAAAUCUACAUGUAGUGUGUACAGUGUAUUAUGUUUCAUAGACCAUGUUGUAAUAAAGUUUUACAUUUUUA